GGUAAAAAGAAACUCCAAAUAUCCUAAUGAUUUUUUAAUUUUUAUACUGUAGUACUUUUUUUUGUAAGGAAUAUUAGGAAGAGUUGUCAUACGUUGAUUGGAUAUGAAAUAAAUAAUGUUAUAAUCCUAUGGGCCAAUUGAGGAGCCAAGAGGAAAGAGUGCGGUGUCUCUCUCUCUCUGGAAUGAAUGAAUGAUGAAUGUGACAAGGAACUGAAACAAACGCAAUUGCUUUGGCCACCAAUCUCAUCUCUGAAGGAAAACACAAAAGUCCAUCCAUCUUAUCCAAUCCAAUUAUCAAUCAAUCACAAGAUAUUUAUACUUUUCAACAUUUCGCCCCAACCACACUGCAACCAUGUCAUCUUCCAGGUGACAACAGAUCUGGGUGGUGGUGGUGGUGGUUCUGUAAUCAUAAAUAUGUUCCUUCCACCUUGGCUCUAUCAGAUUCUCGCCUGCAUGGGAGGUUGUCUUGGAUGUUUCUCAAAACCUCUAGUAAUUAUUUCAAUGGGUGAAGCCGAUGCAUCUAAGGGACAAAAAACUCAAGCACAAACAAUGAACACAGACAACAGAUCAGAAGAUUUUUGGAGCAGCAGUGCUAUUGAAUUGGAUCACGGGGCACCUCAGUCCCAGAGAAGUAUCUCGUCGAUUGCCGUGUCAAACCAUCCUUCUGAUCCUCAAAGUAGUGAUGGCAUUCAGACUGAUCCUCCAGAAUUUGUCAAUCAUGGUCUUCUUCUUUGGAACCAAAUGAGGCAACAUUGGGUUGGAAAUAAAAGGUCCGAGCGUCAGACACAAGUUGGAGAACCCAAAAUAAGUUGGAACGCCACCUAUGAGACUCUACUUGGGACCAACAAGCCUUUCCCUCGGCGCAUUCCUCUUGGAGAAAUGGUUGAGUUUCUUGUUGAUAUAUGGGAACUAGAGGGCAUGUAUGAUUGAGGAGGCUAAACAGGUUUUUAUUCCCCUUUAGAUUUUGAAGGGAAGGUGUGGUAUUCAUCCUCCUAAUGUUUACUGGAUAAUUGUAAAUGGGGUAACUGUGGUAGUUUUUUUUUCUUCUUUUUCUUUCUGGGGUGUUCUACAUGUAGUAGUAAGAUUACAUUAGUUGUCUGAUGCUUUCUGAUUUUCUAUUAAGUUGGUUUAUGGACAAAUCAUCCACACUGCACCAAAGGGAAUACAAAGUUAAUUUCAUGUUUCA